CAAACUAGUGUACAACGAUCGGGUUAAACCCGCCUAAUUCGCCCCGCUCCACUUAAAUCCAACCGCAAUCUCGCUAUAAAACUCGCCCAAAUUUCAAACAAUCGCGCUACUUUUAAAUCUCUCUCCACAAUUUCACCUAAAAUGCAAUGUAUACACACAAACUCUGUGUCUACAUAUUAGGGUUUAUCGUCCAUCUGUUUGUAAUUGUGAACGGCGAAUCAUCUACUUGCUUAACUGUGUACAACGAAGGCGGCGCUCCGGCGGUGUUUCAAUCGCCGAAAUGUCCGCGCUGGAAGCUACCGGAGUACGGCUCCAGUCGCCGAUCACGAUCUCCGGUCGCCACGUGUCAGGUCGCGUUGCAUCAGGGACGUCGGAAAGCUCAGGAGGAUCGCCUGGUUUGUAAUCUCGAUGUCCGCAUUCCUUUUCCAGGUCCUGCGGGGAUUACAGAGGUUGCAGUUGGUGUUGCAGCAAUUUUUGAUGGUCAUAAUGGUGCUGAAGCUAGUGAAAUGGCUUCAAAGUUAUUAAUAGAAUAUUUUAUGCUUCAUAUAUACUUCAUUCUCGAUACCACAUUUUCACUACUAUCAGAGAAAGCCAUUGGAAGAUUGCCAAACAAGGGAGAAGAUUCACAACUUCAUAAUUUGAAUUUUGGAAGGUUCAAGCUCACUUUAGAUGCUAUCUUAGACGGAUCUGUUCACUUGGAAAUUCUGAAGGAAUCAUUGUUGAGGGCGAUUCGCGAUAUUGAUGCAACAUUUUCCAAGGAAGCAUCUAGAAAUAAAUUUGGUUCAGGAUCAACGGCCACAGUUAUCCUAAUAGCAGAUGAUCAUAUUCUAAUUGCAAAUGUCGGAGAUUCAAAGGCUUUCUUGUGUUCUGAAAUAUUUCAGUCCCCUCCAGAAGCUAAAGCUACUUUGUUAAGGCUGUACAGGCAAAAAAGGCGUGAAGGUGCUAAACCAUCCAUAAGAAACUUUAGCGGCUUCACAUCGGCAGCUUCAAGCGGGUUAGUCCAUUUUUCAGCCGUGGAACUAACAAGAGAUCACCAUCCAGAUAGGGAGGACGAAAGGUCUAGAGUUGAGUCAGCUGGAGGGUAUGUACUUGAGUGGGCUGGUGUAUCUAGAGUCAACGGCGAGUUGGCUGUUUCACGAGCUAUUGGUGACUUACCCUUUAAAAGUUAUGGAGUUACAUCUGUUCCCGAGGUAAUGGGUUGGCGACCUCUGCAUGCCAAUGACACCUACUUGGUAGCUGCAUCUGAUGGUGUUUUUGAGAAGCUGAGCCCGCAGGAAGUUUGUGAUUUACUCUGGGAGUUGCACAAUCAAGGCCCUAUGAGAUCGGAAGUCAGUCCAGCAUGCCCAUAUUCGUUGGCUGAUUGCAUAGUUAGCACUGCGUUUGAUAAAGGAAGCACUGACAAUAUGGCAGCUAUUGUAGUUCCAUUCAGGUCAACUGGAUUUUCUAAAACCUUGCUGAAGGACAGGUUACAUGAACAAGAGAAAUUUGAAUUACCAGCUUUAGGUCAGCAAAAGUAUAUCCACGACAAGUCACAAUUGGAGCACUCACAUCCUAGUAUUCGCAAGUUCGACCGCUUAUUGGUUGAAGGAAAAGAUGGUGGAUUUGAAACUUUCUAUCUGUCUGAGAACCUCGAUGAAUAUGAUGACACAGUCUGGAGUCAGAGGGAUGACCAGGAACACAUGCAUGACCAGUCCCAGGCCUUACCUUAUCCUCUUAAUAGUUACUGUGGUGGAUCUUUGGAUUUGUACUCAGAUCAGAAUAUGUGCUUAAGAUAUGGGAUGACUAAUGAUGGUCAUAGGGAUCAGUGUCCCGAAGGAAUUGCUAGUUUUCUUAGUUUGCUCGAGUCAAUCCCCAUCUAUAAUGUUGGCUCAGAUUAUGGAUCUAACGAGCAUACAGUUCCAUAUUCGAGGUACAUAUUAAAGAAAAGGUUUGAUCGUGGAUCAUAUGGUGAAGUUUGGUUGGCAUUUCACUGGAAUAGUUCUAUAGGCACCAAUGCUUCAAGAUGGAGAUUUCCAUCUAGCACUUUUGACCCCAUCCCUUGUGAUCGAGAUGUGGAUGGCUCCUUUACUAGCGAUUGUGGUGCUGGCAUCCCAGAUGACAUCAAAUUCAUUUUAAAGCGUAUAAUGGUAGAGAGAGGAAAUGCUGUCUACUUGAGCGGCCUAAGGGAAAAACAUUUUGGUGAAGUUUUUUAUAAUGCAUCUACAGUCUUGGGAUCGGCAAUUAUAGAAGAUUCUGUCCUGACAGAAUCAGAAUCAAACUUGUUUGACAUGUUAAUUACAAAUGACUCAGCUGCUCAAGAGACUGAGUUUACGUGGAGUACCAAAAAUACAUUUCCUGAAAAGGACAGCCAGCAGAAAGAUGCAUUUGAGGAAGGGUUGAACCAUAUUGCAAGAUAUGUUGAGUCUUUUGAGUCACGUUCCAAUGAAAUAUGGCUUGUAUUUCGCCAUGAAGGAAUUUCUUUGUCAAAACUUAUGUACACAGUGGAAGAGGUUGAAAAUGAUAGUGCCGAUGAACAAGUAACGCGUGUUCAGUUAUUGCAUCCAUCAGAAUGGUGGCACUGGUUGAAGACAACAGAAGCAGGUCAGGAGGAAAUGCGAAAUCUGAUUAGGCAAUUGUUGAUGGCGCUCAAAUCUUGCCAUGACCGGAAUAUAACCCACAGGGAUAUUAAGCCUGAGAACAUGGUCAUUUGCUUUGAAGAUCUGAAUUCUGGGAGAUGCUUGAAGGGGACUCCAAGCGGUGACCAGAACUAUACUACUAAAAUGCGCAUCAUCGACUUUGGCAGUGCAAUGGAUGAGUAUACAGUGAACCAUUUAUAUGGUUCCCUUGGACCUUCAAGAGCUGAACAAACAUAUGAGUAUACUCCACCAGAAGCUCUUCUGAACGCUAGUUGGUAUCGAGCUCCAACAAAUAUUGUACACAAGUAUGAUAUGUGGAGUGUUGGUGUUGUCUUUUUGGAGUUGAUUUUAGGAUCACCAAAUGUGUUCAGAAUAAGUUCUUUAUCGCGGAUUCUUUUGGAUCAACACAUUGAAGGUUGGAACGAGAGCUUAAAGGAUCUUGCAUAUAAGCUUAGGUCACUUAUGGAAAUGUGUAUAUUAGUUGUUGGGAAUUCCUCUAAACAUCAUCGUACUUGCGGUGCUAAUAACAUGAAAUCAGAGUUGCCAGCGUCCUGGAAAUGUUCUGAAGAUUUCUUUGCCCAGCAAAUAAAGAAUUAUGACCCUCUGAAAAUUGGGUUUCCAAAUGUUUUGGCAUUGCGUUUGGUGCGCCAGUUAUUGCUUUGGGAUCCUGAGGACCGGUUAAGUGUCGAUGAAGCUUUACGGCAUCCUUACUUUUCACAUAAUGCUCAAGGCCAUAUACAGGGACCGAUGUAAAUGUAUCCACAUUGCUAGUUUUGUAUACAGGGCGUACUUCUCAAGGUUAUUCUGGAUCUGUACUUAGUGAAAGUAAGCUGUAAGAAAAUUUAAUACUCUUUGUUACUGUAUGUCAUCUGUCCUUUCAUUGGGCGAUGCAAGAACUUAACAAAUUAUCUGCCACUCGGUUUUAGGUGACCUCUUGAUAGAUAUCUUGAAAGUGUGUGCUGUGUUGCAGUUAAGAAUCAAGUGAACUGUACCUCCCUGACGUACAAAGUUUUGAAGUUUUUGAUGGCUGUUCUGUAAGUUGGAGAACUGAAGUGCAUCUUUCUGUUCAAAUAGUCAAAUCCACCGAUCACUGAUUGUUCUGGGCUGUAAAUAACUAAAUAUAUUAAAAUCGUCUGUUUCUGUAAUUGUAUUUAUAGAAACUUCUGGUUUAGUGUAUGUACGUUAGUUGAUUAUGUAGAAUACAGCAGUAUGAGAAUUACAAUUUACAGGAACAUUCUUGAAAUAGUUGAAAGCAUUACCUAGUCUGUAA